GAAAGAAGAAGAACAUUACGUUUAAAGUUUAGAACGUUGAGAUCUGGCCAGAAAAAUGGCAUACUAUUUGGAACACGUGCUCGUUGGCAAUCGGAUUCAACUGAAUGAGGGUGUCCAAGUUCUGGGGCGCCACUCCCAAUGCACCUGUAUAAUGAAGUACGACUAUAUGUCCCGAUUCCACGCCCUUGUUCUGGUUAAGCAUGGCAAAAUAUUCAUUAAGGAGCUGGAUACCAACAAUGGUGUAUUUAUCAACUAUUCGCCGGAGCGAAUUGGCACGGAGUGGCAGGAACUAUCCGUGGGCGACGAUCUCUGUUUUGGGGUCAAAAUAAACGGCGAGGUCGCCGUGGAGAUACCGGUUACGUUCGGGAUUUUCACCGUCAAGGCGGAGGAGCUGCAUUCCCAUCACUCCCCUGCUGUCGUCGACGGCAGUAAUGUACACCACACCGGAGAGCCAUCCAGUUCGCCAUAAAGCAGGGUGCAGAAAUGCAAAUGCCCCACUUAACGACACAAUCCCAUUUGAGGGGGCGUUAAUUUUCCAAGCCCGAUAAGACCAUGGAACUGGAUCCUAAGGACCAGAGUCCUUGCAUACAAAUCGCCUACAAGAAGCUACUGCAAUCCGACAAAAACCACACACACAGUUGCGGCUGAAAUAAUAGGUACUAGGCAACUACUUAGGAAACUAUUUAAUUGUAUCAUCGUACAAUCAACUAAUUGUAUUUGCACUUGGUGAAACCAAUUUAUGAAAGCACUGAAAGCCAGUACAGGAAAAUUGGUCAAACACAAAAACCAAACCGUUUAAACACAUCGCUGUGUUGCCCUGUAAUUGCUUAAACUUGGAAGAGACUUUAUAGAAUUCGAUGGGCUAACUUUGCCAGAAGAAGAAUAAUUUAGUUAAUAAUAAUGUAUUUAACUCUGCAAUUUUCCAAUAAUGUAAUUCAAAUAAGCUGCUUGAUAAUGUCAUUUAUAUAAGCUGGUUGAGCUUUGAAAUUACGAGGCUAAUGUUUCGAUUGUAGCUGUUUACUUUGCAAGCCUCUGAGUAUCCUGCAAUCCUUAUUGCCGCCUUAUUUAACUGGUAAUUAUGCAACAAAGAGAAGGGGGCUACGUGUACAGAUUUGGGUAGUUUCCUUAUGACAGCCACGACCACAAUUGGAAAUUCGCCAUAAAACACAACACGCUUUAUAAGUUGUUAUGACCACAAAAAAAUAUAGAAAGGUUUAGGCUAACGAA